CAUACCUCUUUCUCUAUGGUUACCGUGUUUUUUCUCUAUGGUCCAGCUGGGAUGCCCGCUCGCGCUUGGCUGAAGCGAGCUGUCAUCCUGACGGUUGACGUCUGUCACUACAUAGCGUAUGUUUUCCCUCCAAAGUGUAAGUCACGUUUUUUCCGUGAAAACAAGAAAAGUGAACGAAAAAGCUGAAAAUGAGCUCCAAAGACGACGGGAAGGGUGCGGAACCCGACCCGCAGAACGGCAAACGUUGUUCCCUGAGCUCAGAAUCCUCGGACGGAUCGUCCUCAUCCUCGGAGGGUGAGACGCCGCCUCCGAACAAGCGACCUCGGAAAACUCGCGGAGAGUUCCCACAGGUCAUGUACGACCCAAGGGUCGACACGCUUACUAGUCAGGUGAGUUACAUUUCGAACUACCUAAUACAAUCGCAGACUACUGAUGGCGUCGAUGGCGAGGUUCCAUCACGGGACGAAGAUUCAUCGUCUUUAGUACCGCCACGCAUCAACAAAAGAACGAUUGAUAUAGGAGAGAUAAGUACGGAGAUUAAAGAAGGGACUGUGGUUCAGACAGCGAAUCCAGUUAACUUAAAAGCUUUAGAAAAAUUGCAAAAGUUCAACUCUCCGGCCUGGCAGGCAGUUCGAUAUAAGAAUUCUUUAAAGACGAUGUUAGCUAAACCCGGAUUUGUGGAGCUAGGAAUCAAUGAAGAAUUGAUGCAUUUUAAUAAAGGCAAGGAUUAUUUGGCAUCUACAGAAAAUGUCCUAGCAGGACUAUCAAAUGCGGUGUUAACCAAUAGAUGUAUCUUAAAACGAAGCUUACAGGAGUUGGCUGACUGGAGUACCAACAGCCAAGAACUAAAUUCAGAAACCUUGUAUGAAAAGGUGUCCUCAAUUUUCGGAUCAGGUUCAGAGAUAUACAAAAAUUAUGAAACAACAUUACAAAUAAUUGCUGGGAAACGAACAGAAUGUAUAGAAAUUAGGCGGAACCGAAUACUGAAUGAAGUUACAAAUCCAAACCUGAAAGCUAGCUUAAAGAAUCUCCCGCCAAGUAAUGAACAUCUGUUUAGUAGAGAAGCAAUGGCACCGCUGAUACAGUCUCUCGGAGGGACACAAGUAUGGCUAAAUACUCCAAAUUAUAUUAAGGAAAAGAAGAUACCAUCAGCUAACACAAAUAAACAACCAGAAAAAGUGAAAGAAUAUGACAAUAGUUCAGAUGUGAAGCAGCGGACCCAAUCAGAAAAUCAAAGCUCUCAGACACAUAACAAUAACAAACAUGACAGAAAACACAAAAAACAGAGCUACAGACAGAAUAAAACCAUUCAUUUUAACAAGAAGAAGUAACAAUCAAUCGUUUCAAGAGGGUUGUCUAAAAUUGUUUGAGGACAAUUGGAAGCAUAAUGGAGGAAACCUAUUUAUUUUAAAAACAAUAGCGGGAUGAAGGAUUCCUUCCAAAUCAAAAGCCCUACUUACAUAUCCAAUAGUUCCAAUACUAAAUCAACAGUGAUGAUUCUCAACAAGAGUAUCCCCAGAGACGACUGAGGUGAUAGAGGAGGUAAAAAGUUUGAAGAUUUUGGAACGCCCACCCUUCAAGAACCCCGGUUUCAUCUCAAAGAUGUUCUUUGGUAAAAAAGACAGACAGUGGGGUUCGACCAAUCUUUAACCUGAGAGGUCUGAACCAGUAUAUCUCAACCAAUGAGUUCAGACUGAUAUCUCAGGCUUUAGUGGCAGAAAUUUUACAACGGGGAACUGCUUCAACUAACUUCACUAGCCUUCGGCCUCUCCUCAGCACUUCGAUCCUUAGCAGCCUUUCAAGCUGGACAGCGGAAGUCUUGCGGGCAAAGGCCUUCGAGUUCUAGUAUAUCUCAACGACUACCUGUUAGCAAACUAGAGCUGUUCAGAGUUGAAGUCUCCAGCCACGGAGGUUGUGACUCUUCUCGAGCAUCUCAGCUGGAAAAUAAAUUACUCAAAGUCUAAUUGGCCUUGUGUUGGAACAUUCUAGAAAGUACAAAGUCCUUAUCACAACAAAAGGUACAAAAGAUUCAGGACAAGAGAGCUUGUCUGGUGAAGCGAGGCAGAUGUUGUCUUCAAGAAAACAGACUUCUCGGCCAUUUGAAUUUUGCCAAUAGUUAUGCACAGGGGUCAGCUGAAAUGCAGAAGGAUGCAGAGAUACCUCAGACAGUUCUGUCAGAACAGACCUCGACGAAAGGAAAUAAUCCCGACAGGUGUCCUAGCCGAGCUUCGUUAGUGAAAGGAUGCUUUGCACUGCACUAUGCUUCAAUGCCCCUACGGAGCAAGGACAUAACUCAUUUCUAAACCACGACGCGGCGGACGCGGGAUGGGGAGCCCAGUUAAAUGGGAUUCAUCUGUCAGGAACGUGGAACAAGAAACAGAAGUUAUGGCAUUUAUUUGUAAAGGAGAUGUAUGCAGUAUGUGCUGCAAGACGGAGUCAGAUGAGUCAGAUGGACCACCUCGGAGGUGCUCACAGAUUAGUCCAGACAGACUAUCAGACUCUCGUUGCUUAUAUCAGGAAAAAAGGGGGCACGAGGUCCCUAGCACUACUGACUCUUACAACCAGACUGCUGACACUUACCGACCAGCUGAAAGUUUCACUGUCGGCUUGUUACCUCCCGGGGAGGUACAACAAUAUUGCAGACCGAUUAUCAAGUGCAAAUCCACUUCUGGAGUGACAUUUACUUCCACAGGCUACGGAAGCCAUAUUCAAGAAGCGGGGAGUGCCAGAAAUCGUCUUGUGUACAUCGGCAGAGACAAAGAUAGUGCCAAGAUAUCAGACACGUCUUCAUUAAAGAGACGUUAUGUGUUUGGCAAGGUACAUAAUAGGAAUGUUUUGCAUUCCAACAAAACAUGUAUUAUGUACUAAACAAACACAUAACGUCUCGGCAAGGGCCUUGCUGUUGAAGACGCUAUGAAGUGACAGACGUCAACCGUCAGGAUGACAGCUCGCUUCCGCCAAGCGCGAGCGGGCAUCCCAGCUGGACCAUAGAGAAAAAACACGGUAACCAUAGAGAAAGAGGUAUGUUUUAAGUAUUUUAAGGGAUAUAACAUAUGCGUUCUUCAUUAAAGAGACGUUAUGUGUUUGUUUAGUACAUAAUACAUGUUUUGUUGGAAUGCAAAACAUUCCUAUUGCCAUC